AUGACCAUCCUCAUCACAGGCGGAACGGGCCAGACUGGCGCGAAACUGGCUCAGCUCCUUCAUGACGCCAACGUGCCCUUCUUGAUCGCCACUCGCAAGGGAGUCGCCCCCGAGCCCUUCAAAGCCGUCCAGUUCGACUGGACCGACGCGUCGACUUUCGAGAAUCCGUUCAGGCUCGCCAACGUCGACAAGAUCUACCUCAUCGCUCCACUCAUCAUGGAUGUCUUGCCGGUGAUGAAGCCAUUUAUCGAGCUUGCCAUCGUAAAGGGCGCAAAGCGGUUCGUGCUGCUAUGCGGGACGGGUAUUGGGAAGGGAGACCCCUUCGUGGGCAAAGUGUACGAGUACCUCGCACAACGUGGUGUCGACUAUGAUGUCCUCCGCCCAACCUGGUUCAUGGAAAAUUUCGGCACUUUCUUUUACAAGAGCAUCCGCGAGGACAACGAGGUCAUCACCGUUGUCAAAGAUGGUCGCAUUCCCUUUGUGGCCGCCGACGAUAUCGCAAAAGUUGCAUUUGAUGUUUUGACGGCGGAGCAGAGUUCCAACGACGAACGUUUCGUCAUCGGUCCGGAGUUGUUUUCGUACGACCAGGCGGCUGCACUCUUGAGCGAGGUCCUGGGCAGGAAGAUCACCCACAAGAGGGUAACGAAUGAAGAAGAGCGGGCAAUAUUCCAAGCUAACGGACUGAAGGAGGACUAUGCUGUCCUGCUGAACACCAUCGAAGCGAGGCUCGCUGACGAUGUCGAUGCAGCUUUGGUAGGCAACAGCAAGAGCAUCACGGGUAAAAUCAAGUUGAGAGACUUCUUCGAGGCGAACAAGCAACUCUGGAUCAAGGCUUAG